AAAACAUUGUCGGUUCGUCUGGCCCCAAGGUGAUGACUUUGAGGACGCUGCAGGGCCGUCUCGUCAGAGAAAAGCCGCAGUUUUUCUUUUGACACAAUCAUUCGCCAUAGUCGCCCAAUCAACUUGCUAGCAAAGAUCGAGAAUGCCGCCGUCAUUCCACAUCUAACUAUCCAUAGCCAUCUGCACUCAUACGUCGCGACCCCACGCAUUCUUCUCUGUAGCCGACUUCCACUUGUUGAUCUGCUUCUACCUUUCGUCUUCUCUUCCACAGCGCCCGUGGAGAGAGUUACACUACUCUCCAAUGCGCCGGACCAGAUUAUAGACCUCCAAUUGAUUCACAGCGACAUCCAUUCGACAUGGCCGCAACUGGGUCCAUGCACGAAACAGUUCGAGCGCUCAACACCGCCUUCGCCGCGCCCACAGUACCCUGCCCUCUUCCCGAUGAGCUGCUCCAAACCAUCGAUGCCUUUCUCGAGCGCUACCGCAACAUAGAGGAGCAUGACUCCCAGCGCUUCCACAAAGACUUCGUCUCCAUCUAUAAGCGCCAUGUUGCGACCAGCCCCGACAAGCAUUGCGCCUUUCUCACAGCUUUGCGCCGCGUCUGGCCAGCACUCGCCGGCGACUCGCGCUUCUUGGACUGGUAUGACAUGAUGAUACGGCCCGUCAUCUGUGAGCUUGGCCACAAGCGAAGCGAUAUCGAGGAGGCUCGGGGUUUCCUGCUCGAUAUACUGGUGUUUGAUGCAGAUGAAGACAAGAGUGGGGAGAGGGCGAAGCUGUCGAGGAAGUGCUCCGACAAGCUGCUGUCCGAGUGGCUUGCCAGGACGAGGAUUCCGAAUGUGCAGGCGAACACGGCGGAUAAUGAGUUCGCGACGCACGAGGUGGAGAAUGUGUUGGUAGCUUUUGGGCGUCGAAAACCAAAGGAAUAUAUCCUCGCUCUCGAUAGCCUCUUGGUAAGGAAGGAGACCAGGAUACAGGCCCUGAAUCUUCUAAGUGGCUUCGUCCGCCUGCAGCCACCGCACCUAUAUCUCGUCCUGGAGACCCCGCUGAUCGAGCAUCUGGAGAAGUGCUUGCUAUUCGACACAUCUUCCACGGCUAUUGACCUUGCCUUGCUCAACCUGAUCAUGCUUCUGCCGCACAUCGCUCCCUCCCUGACUUCGGACUUCCAUCUCGCCAAACUUUUCCUUAUUUACAGUAGGGUCCUGUGCUGGGAUAAAAUCACUGCUACCUCGAACCCUCGCAGCCUCGAUCAACAAUCCGAGGGACUCCAGGACCAAGGCUCUCAGGAAGAAAUGAAUGCCGACCAGGAUUGGGAACAGCUUCCCCAGUCGACAGCCUAUCCGGAUGGCGCUCCUCCGACAAUCCUCCACUAUUUCACUUUUCUCUAUGGUCUAUUCCCUCUCAACUUUAUGAGCUUCCUAAGGAAAUCACGAAAGUACCUCAAGUCCCAGAAUUUCCCCGGCGCCCAGGAUCUCGACCUGGACCAGGAUUUGAUUCAGAGCAGAAGUGAGCCCUAUCGGAGAGUACAUGUCUUGCAUCCCAACCUGUUCACGACCACCAUCGAGGAUGAAUUGGCCGAGAACAGAUGGGCCAAGGCCGACCCUGCGGAUAUUGUCACGGAGUGCAUGGAUCUCUGCAUGGCUGUCUCGACGUCCUUGUGCGAUCCAGGUCCGCCGCCUACCUCCCAACUCCCGCCUCUGCCCGUCCCUCCUGUGCCAGAAACAGAGAAUCCCACCACACCGAAAGAAGAUACGGGAGACGAUAACAAUGACGGCGCCGUCAGUUGGCGGAAUACGCAGUCAACCAUGUUCUCUCCUUCGGCCACCGGGGCCCCAGGUGAUGGUCCACCUCCGCCCACAUCGCCAAAGUCCCCCGGCUCUGCAUCUGAAUUGGUCAAACCUCUUGAUGUCAUGGACUCGCCGAUCUUGCCUCCUGCCAAAGUGGAGAACAAGCCAGGCCUGUUCGGCGACUCGUUGAUGAACAACCCUUUGCAACUCAAUGCGCCGGCACAUCGGAUUGGAGACUUUGCGCAAACCGUUUCAACUGCAACGGCUGAUCAAAUGGAAUCUUACUUCAGGGAACAGAGUAUGGCCGCAUUGCAAAGGGAGGUCAUGUUGCUCCGCAACGACUUGAACUUUGAACGGUAUCUGAAGCAACAGCACCUGGCACAUAUCGGGCAGCUGCAGAGGAAACACAUCAAAGAGGCGACGGAUGCUGCAGAGACGCAAAACCUGAUCAAUGCAAACCGUACGCUGAAGGCCAGGCUCGCCAAGGCCAAUGAGCUUUACGCACAAUUGAAGAAAGAGACUCUUACCAGCCGCAGCCAAUCCAAGAAGUGGGAGGUCGAGCUGAGCUCCAAGGUCAAGGCUCUCAGAGAGGACCAGAAGGUGUGGCAAAGCAGCGAAGAUGAGCUGCGUUACGAAUUGAAGAAGACCCAACAGGAUUGCGAACACCUCAAGCGAAUGGUCGAGAAGGCGGAGGCCGAGCAGCUCAGAGCUGAGCAGCGGAGCCGUGCUCUGGAAUUCGAGCUUCAAGAUUACGGCAACCUUCGACGCGAGCUGGAGGCCAUGCAGGAGAGGACCAUAUCAUUCCAGGAUCAGGGCCAGGAAAUGGAUGAACUGAUUCACGAACGAGAUCAACUUCGGCUGGAUCUCGAAGCGGCGAACAUGAGGCUGAAUAGCAGGGACCGGGAGCGUGAACGAGCCAUUCGGACCUAUGGAAACCGCAUCGCGGAACUAGAAAAGCAGUUGGCCAAUGCGAGGAAGGAGCCAGUGCAAUCGGGACAGCUUCCUUCUUCCGUACAGCAGAUGAUUGACUCUGCGUUGGCAGCAAGUAACGCCAAACUGCAGUCGCUGAAGAAGAUCCAUCGUAAGCUGCAGGACGAUUUCAUAGAACUCCAGAUGAAACACCAAGAACUGGAGGCCCAGCUCGAGGCCGACCAGGGCCGGAAAUGGCCUCAGGAGGAAAGACAUAGCUACACUGUUGGCAGUCCUGAGACCGAGUCGUCGCUCAGCCGAGCCUUCAGUUUCCGCAAACGCAGCGAGUCUCGCAACUCAAGGCAACUCGCACCACUCAUUACGGAGGAGGAAUACCAGGACUACGAUUCCAACUAUAGCCAACUCAACUCGCCAGUCUCGGUACAAAGUCCCCCUCACAACGAAGAAUCAAGUAGAUCCUCGAACCAAACGCAAGCCCGACCCGUCCGCCUCGAAAAACUGCACUCCAAGCCCUCCAAACGCGUCGCCCCCGCCACCAUCGGCUUUGGCCAGGACUUCUCCGCUGCCUUUGGCGCCGCCCCAAGCACACAUUACCACGCAUCCACCCCUGGCGACGGCGUGGCUUCGAGCGGCAGGAGCUCCAAGAGCGUCGACACGAACAGCAGCAAGGGAGACCAAGGCAACAAUGGCAGCGGCAAGGCGCCGAAGUCCGAGAGCAGCAGGGUCUAUGGGCGCGGUGAGUUUGCAUCUUCCAAUAUGACGUCGCCGUUCCUGGUGUACCCGUUCAUGGACCCGGCCCUGACUCCUGGAGUAGGCGGGGCGCAGGCUGCGGCCAAGAAGAAGGAGAAGGAGGAGAGGGAGCAGAGGAAGAAGGAGGAGAAGGAGCAGAAGAAGGAUAAGGCGAAGAGUGGAGGGUUUCGGGGGGUGAGAGGUUUCAUGUAGGGUUGGUGAUGACGGACUCGGACUAGAUACCUUAGGUAGCAUGGACUUGUCUGUACCGAUUUGGAAGCUGGGACUACUCCCAGUCAUACAAGGAAAGAUAUUAUUGACCGCCCUCGAUCUUGGCCUGAAAUGCCGGCUGUCGAUUGAAAUAAGAU